AUGGACGGCGACUUCAUCCCCCUCGAGGGCACCCCGGCCCCUUCCAAGAAAGAACGCAAGGAGAAAGUCAACCACACCCUCUUCGUCUCCUCUCUUCCUUAUACCGCCACUUCCACCGACCUUUUAACCCAUUUCUCCUUCAUUGGCCCUGUCCGGCACGGAUUUAUUGCCACCGAUAAGGAGUCUGGCAAGUCAAAAGGUGUUGGAUAUGUCACCUAUUCUCUGAGGGAAGAUGCCGAGCGGGCGCUUGUGGAAUUGAACAACAAAAGCUUUGGUGGAGGAAACAGAAAAAUCAAAAUCAUCUUUGCUGAUGAGAAGAUGUCUUUGAAAGAACGCAAAGCUGAGAUCAAGGUCUCCAAACCCAUCCCCGGCCAAACCGAUAACAAAGGUCCCUCCGACCCUAACGCUAUUCGAACACUUGUCCUCUCUGGUCUCCCUACAGGCAUCACCAAGGCUGUGCUUUGGAAAAAGAUCAGAAAGACAAACGACAAGGCCGAAGUCGUCUACCCUGUUGAAGCGGAGGAGGGCGAGGAGAAGCCCGCAGAGGAUGUUGCCCAGGUCUUGUUCCCUACACACGGUGAUGCUCUCAAAGCCCUUCCCAAGCUGCACGGUCAUACUUACAAGGGUUCCGUUCUGAGUUGCGUACUCAAAAAGCGUUUGGAGAGGUUCUCGUCCAAGGGCGAUGGAAAGGCAAACAGUCAUGCCGGUCGUUUGAUUGUCAGAAAUUUGUCUUGGGACACCACUGUCCAGGAUCUCCGAAAGUCUUUCCUCCCUUUCGGCCCCAUUCACUCCAUUGACCUUCCUACCCUCCCGUCCAAGCUCCCUCCCUCCGACGACCCAUCUAAACCCCUUCCUCCUCCUCGUGCUCGAGGUUUCGCUUUCGUAUGGUUCAUGACCAAGCUCGAUGCCGAGAAGGCUAUCGAAGGCGUCAACGGCAAGGUGUUGAAGCAGCCUAAAGAGGGUGAAGGACGUGUGGUCGCUGUGGAUUGGGCUCUGAGUAAGGAGAAGUGGCAGGAAGCGAACAAGGACGAGAAGAAGGAGGAGAAGGAGGAGUCGGGUUCCGAAUCUUCCAGCUCGGGAUCGGGCUCUGAUGAAGAGUCUGGAUCCGAGGAGGACAGCGAUGAGGAAGAGUCUGGAGAAGAGUCUGGCUCUGGUAGCGAGGAGGAGGAAGAGGAGGAGCCCGUCAAGCCCACUCUCCCUGCAGUUGACGUCGGAAGCACCCUUUUCAUUCGAAAUCUCCCCUUCGAGACUACUGAACAAGAACUCACCGACCUUUUCCGCUCUUUCGGUCCCCUGCGAUACGCCAGGAUCACUAUGGACAAGAUGACCGGUCGAUCCAGAGGUACGGGAUUCGUGUGCUUCUGGAAGACGGAGCAUGCGGAAGCUGCUAUCGAAGAGUCCUUGAGAGUCGCUCAGGAGACGGGUGCCAACAACAUCCCUCUCGGUGGUGGUCCUUCCAAAAACCCCUUUGCCCUCCCCUCUUUGCUCACUGUCGACCCCUCGUCCUCUCUCGCUUCCCGUCUCGUCCUUCAUGGACGAACUCUCGAAAUCACCCACGCUGUCACCCGUGAGACCGCCACCCAGAUGAAGGAAGACGGCGAGCGCUCUCGUAACGCCGCCGACAAGCGAAACACCUACCUCAUGCGAGAGGGUGUCAUCUUCCCCAAUUCGCCCGCGGCCGAGGGUCUGCCAGAGGCCGAGGUGGAGAAGCGUCAGGCGAGUUUCAACUCGCGAAAGACGUUGUUGAGGGGUAACCCCAGUCUUUAUAUCUCAAAGACACGAUUGUCAAUCAGGCAGUUGCCAUUGUUUGCGUCGGAUAGGACUUUGAAGCGAUUGGCGAUCCAUGCGGUGAGGGAGUUUGACAAGGAGGUCGCUGAAAGUAACAGGGAAGGCCUUGCGCGAGCCGAAGAGAUGGACGACACCAUGAGUGCCACUCUGGAAGGCAAGGACAAGAAGAAAGGAAAGAGCAAGAAGGAGCGUGAUACCGUCGUGAUCCAAUCCAAGAUCAUCCGCCAGACCGAAAAGCUGGAUGCGGUCACCGGCCAGGGCAGGUCCAAGGGCUACGGUUUCCUCGAGUUGCGCACCCACAAGGAUGCACUCAAGGUUCUUCGUUGGGCCAACAAUAACCCCGAAGUGGGACCACUGAUGUGGGAAUGGUGGAAGAUUGAGCUCAAAGACUUGAAGGAACGUGCUGAGAAGGGUUUGGUGGAGGCCAGGAACAGGGAGGAGGAGGAAAAGAAGGCGGCAUCAGAUGGAAAGAUGGAGAAGCAGAGCAAGAAGGUGUUGGAGUCUGCUGAAGAUCUCGAGGCGAGGUUGAAGAAGCUCGACAACAGAUUGCAGGAGGGUGAUGACAGGAGUGGCGGAGGUAUGAGGGCCGGCAAGACACUCAUCAUGGAAUUCAGUAUUGAGAACGUUCAAGUUGUCAAGCGCCGUGUUGAGAAAAUUGUCACUCAGAGAGGUGAAGCCAGGGACGACAGGGGCGGUAGAGAAAGAGGCGGUCGAGAGCGUGACGGCCGAGAUGGCAACAAGCGAAAGCCCGGCGUCAUUGCCGCCGAAGACUCUGACGACGACGAAGCCCCUCGUGCCAAGCGCUCAAAGCCCGACGACAGUUGGAAGAAGGACACGCCCGGUGGUGGCAAGUUUGCCAAGCGGGACGCGCCUACUGGCAAGUAUGACAAGAAGGACCGAUCGGGGGGCAAAUUCGAGAAGAAAGGUGGCAAGUUUGAUAAGCGAGACAGGCCUGGACAGGUGCAGCCUCGCCAAGCGGGUAGAAGGGGCGAGGAGAAGAGUGUGGAUCAGGUUAAGCAGGCCGUCAAGGCCAGCGAAGCCGGGGAAAAGAGGGGCAUUGAGAAGCUGGGCAGUCAGCUCGGUAGUAUGAUUGGCAGGAAGAGGAAGUCGCGUAAGGGCGGCAAGUAG